AUGCGCUUAGAAUACGGACACAAGGCUGCGUCUUGGCCGACAAGACGGACACAACGGUGCCUCAGCUUCGCCCUUAUUUUCACAAUAAUUAUCAUCGUCGGCAUAUAUGAACACCAAUCAUGGCCACGGAAAACGGAACUGCAACUGCAAAUGAACACCAGGAGAGGCUUUCAUAUUUACGGUUCGUCGCCUGAUGCAGGCUCGCCGUCUCUACCCUUCGUUGAGAGCAACGUACGCAAGUCCAGCGGGGAGCCCUUGUUCGAGGUGCCUUACGACGAGUGA